AUGGCUCCCAAGGUCGCCAUUGUCUUCUACUCGAUGUACGGCCACAUCAAGCAGCUCGCCGAAGCCGAGAAGCGCGGCAUCGAAGCCGCCGGUGGGACCUGUACUUUCUACCAAAUCCCCGAAACCCUCUCCGAUGAUGUCCUGGCCAAGAUGCACGCCCCCCCGAAAUCCACCGACAUCGAAACCCUGCACGACCCAAGCACCCUCGAGCAAUACGACGCCUUCCUCUUCGGCAUCCCGACGCGCUACGGCAACUUCCCCGCGCAGUGGAAAGCCUUCUGGGACAAGACGGGCCACCAGUGGCAGACGGGCGGGUACUGGGGCAAGUACGCGGGCAUUUUCGUCUCGACGGCGACCCCCGGCGGCGGGCAGGAGAGCACGGUCAUCUCGGCCAUGAGCACGCUCGCCCACCACGGGAUCAUCUACGUGCCGCUCGGGUAUAAGACGACGUUUGCGCUGCUGGCGAACUUGGAUGAGGUCAGGGGUGGGAGUCCGUGGGGCGCAGGGACCUUUGCUGCCCCCGAUGGCUCGCGCCAGCCGACUAAGAACGAGCUCGAGCUUGCGGAGAAGCAGGGUCACGCUUUCUACACCGCCGUCUCGAAGGUCAACUUCGAGUGA